CUCUCACUCCCAGUCAGUUAAUUCCAGGCACACCUGUCAAUCAAAGUCAUUUUGCAUUGGAGUGAGGCCAGAGACAGACCUGCCCUGUGAACGGGAAAUAUCUGAAUGUGUGUGCUGAAGUGUGCGUCUAUAAAUGAUUAGUUCUUUUUCUCACAUACUCUGAUAAGUCUACAAUGGUCGAUUGCUAUCGAUUUCUAGGAAGUGAAUUUGCACAUCUCUAUUGGACAGUUACAAGCAUCGUUUAAUCUUCUGUCGCUGCGAUAAUCCGGAACAAGGACAUCUGAACGAGUAGGUUCCACUCUCAUCAGGCUGCUGUCAACUGGAUCAACUACGGCACCGUGACCGAACCUCAGCUCAGAAGUUCUUUUUCUCACAUACUCUGAUAAGUCUACAAUGGUCGAUUGCUAUCGAUUUCUAGGAAGUGAAUUUGCACAUCUCUAUUGGACAGUUACAAGCAUCGUUUAAUCUUCUGUCGCUGCGAUAAUCCGGAACAAGGACAUCUGAACGAGUAGGUUCCACUCUCAUCAGGCUGCUGUCAACUGGAUCAACUACGGCACCGUGACCGAACCUCAGCUCAGAAUCUCUAACAUUGUCAAAGCAUCUCUCACUCCCAGUCAGUUAAUUCCAGGCACACCUGUCAACCAAAGUCAUUUUGCAUUGGAGUGAGGCCAGAGACAGACCUGCCCUGUGAACGGGAAAUAUCUGAAUGUGUGUGCUGAAGUGUGCGUCUAUAAAUGAUUAGUUCUUUUUCUCACAUACUCUGAUAAGUCUACAAUGGUCGAUUGCUAUCGAUUUCUAGGAAGUGAAUUUGCACAUCUCUAUUGGACAGUUACAAGCAUCGUUUAAUCUUCUGUCGCUGCGAUAAUCCGGAACAAGGACAUCUGAACGAGUAGGUUCCACUCUCAUCAGGCUGCUGUCAACUGGAUCAACUACGGCACCGUGACCGAACCUCAGCUCAGAAUAUUAAGAUGACAGUUCGAAGGGAGAUGAUUGCUGUGCUUCUUAUGGGCAUUAUGUGCUUGGUCAUCCUUAGAGUAACUGUCCUUAACUUAAGUGUGACCUAUGAAAACAACAGCAGAGAGUUAUAUGAAAGACUCUAUCACCGAGCUCAUUCGCUCGAAUCAGCAGCUCUCCAGUCUUUGUCUCCAAGUUGUGUGCAGAAUGUGUCUGCUUCUAAUGUGACUGGAUUUUCUACACUGCCAAAUCAUAUCAAAGACUUCUUGCUUUACCGCCACUGUAGGGAGUUUCCCUUGCUUCUGGAUGUCCGUAAUAAGUGUGGAGGCCCCCAGAACUCUGCAGAUGUCUUCCUUCUACUGGUCAUCAAGAGCUCUCCUGAAAAUUUUGAAAGACGAGAGGUUCUGCGGAAAACAUGGGCUACAGAACAACAGUACAAUGGUGUGUGGAUCCGUCGGGUCUUCAUUAUUGGAACCAUUGGAACUGGCUUGGAGAAGCUCAGAUUAAAUAAAAUAUUGAAAUAUGAGAACCAUGAGAACCAAGACAUUUUACAGUGGGACUUCAAUGAUUCAUUCUUUAACCUCACACUGAAGCAGAUCCUGUUCUUACAGUGGAUGGAUAAAUGGUGCCCACACACCAGGUUUAUUUUAAAUGGUGAUGAUGAUGUUUUUGCCAACACGUUUAAUAUGGUGAAGUAUCUUCAAGGUCUGAAGGACAAUAAUGGAAGUAAACAUUUGUAUGUAGGACAAGUCAUGGAGAAUACAAGACCGUUCAGGCACUCUUCAAGCAAAUACUAUGUCCCAGUGCAGGUAUACCAGUCUGAUAUAUAUCCUCCAUACUGUACUGGUGGAGGCUUUCUUCUUUCCGGCUUUACAGCCAGAACAAUCUACAGUAUGAAUUACAAUGUUACUCUGUCACCUAUUGAUGAUGCUUACAUAGGAAUGUGCUUGGAAAAGGCAGGUCUCAAACCCAUGUCCCACAUUGGUGUGAGGAUUGAUGGUAUGCAUCUCCUGAAGGUUGACAGAUAUCACCCUUGUCAUUAUAGAGAAAUGCUUCUAGUCCACAGAUUUCUACCACAACAGAUUUUUGGAAUGUGGAAUGAAAUACAAGAUCCACAUUUACAAUGUGGAAAAACUAAAUCCUUUAUGUAGACCUGAACCAUACAUAGGAUGUGUAUUGAACUUGUUUUAAAAUUGAUGCAAACUGAUCCACUUUUGAAUGAUAAAUUUGUAACACAUAAGCAUUUGGCUGAUUGUAUCAGUUCCACAGUAAGUCAACAACACACCUUUCAUAUUUGGGUAUGACAAGGAGCAGCCUCAUAGUGUGCUAAAGUAACAGUAGUAGCUCAUAGUUUUAGAAUAAGGCUAGCUGCACAAAAAAUAAACACAUCAAAACAAAGUGAUCAUACAGUACAUUACACCAUUACUGCUUAGUGGUUUCAACAUGUUCAUAAAACUGCUGCAAGCCAUUUGAUGUCUAUACACCUUGGUCGCUGUCUUCAAAUUGUACCUCAAAUUGUCAAAUUCCAAUUGAAUAUGUUAUGUUAUCUAUGUGUAUGUAUUUAUUGGUGUUUCUUGGCACUAUUGGUGUUUGACAUUUGGUGUUUUAGCAAUGUUUGAGUCUGGAGUGUAAAAAUUAAAGAGUUUUUACUUGACUAGAA